AUGGGUGCUCAAUCCGACAAGCAGUUCCGCAAUUUGUUGAUCCGAACGAACAUCGCUCUCUUCCAACGACAGAUCCGCGAGCAGAGCAACUGGUACAACACCCCACGUGUGGUUAUCCGCAAGCGUUCUGGAAAGGUGUUCCUCUCGCGCCAGGGGAACCGCAAGAAGCACGUCCAGAUCGAACUCUUGACCUCCGACUUCGACUCCGACUUCGAGGUCAUCGACGUCUAG